AUGCCCCGUCUCGAUCGUGGUGAUGUUUGGAAGGGCAAGGCGCGAUCCCUGCAGUUACAGCUCAGGGACCGUUUCCGAGUCGCUGUCGACCGCCAUUGUCGCCGCCGCCACCACCACACCUUCAUUCCCACCGCCGACGGCUACUUCUCCUCCACUAUUCAACGCUGGCUUACAAGAUUUCGUGAUUUCCGGAGAGAGUCACUGCCUUCUUCCACCUCUUUCUAUCGCAAACGAGUGACUAGGGAUUUUAGUUCUGAAGAAGAUUCAACUCUUGUUCGUAUGAUGCAAGCAGUUGCAGUUCCUGUUCUUGGAAAUGUUUGUCAUGUGUUUAUGAACGGAUUAAACCGUGUGCAGGUGUAUGGUUUAGAAAAGCUGCACUCCGCGUUGUUGCAUAGACCUCAGGGUAAACCUCUUCUUACGGUCAGCAAUCAUGUUGCUUCCAUGGAUGAUCCGCUUGUCAUUGCUUCUCUGCUUCCACCUAGUGUUCUUUUGGAUGCUAGGAAUCUUAGAUGGACGCUUUGUGCAACUGACAGGUGUUUUAAAAACCCCGUUACUUCUGCAUUCUUUCGAUCUGUCAAAGUCUUGCCGGUUUCUCGGGGUGAUGGGAUUUAUCAGGAGGGAAUGGACUUGGCCCUUUCAAAAUUAAACCAUGGUGAUUGGGUCCACAUAUUCCCUGAAGGUAGCCGGUCUCGGGAUGGUGGAAAAACCAUGAGCUCUUCCAAGAGAGGUGUUGGAAGGUUGGUCCUGGAUGGAGAUAGCAUGCCUCUCGUUGUCCCAUUUGUACAUACAGGGAUGCAGGAGAUUAUGCCUAUAGGUGCUAACUUUCCCAGAAUAGGCAAGCUGGUUACAGUGCUCAUAGGUGAUCCGAUCAAUUUUGAUGAUAUACUUAAACUUGACAUGGAGAAAGGUUUGGAUGUGCCAAGAAGACGACUAUAUGAUGCAGUAGCAUCAAGAAUUGGCGAUCGGUUGCAUGAACUAAAGGCCCAGGUUGACACUAUAGCAACUGAACAAGAAAUGCAACUACAAGAUCACUCCUCACGAAACACUGAACGAACAUCUGAAAUAUUGCAGCAGAUUGAUUGGGAAUUAUUUGGAAUGGAUAGCUGCAUGUCUGUAGAAGAUGAUUUAAAACAGCCACAAGAAACAGUUUCCCUUCCAAAUGUUAGUGUUUCUCGGCCUCAGCAAUCUCAUGGUGAUCAGAGUUGGAGAGCUGGAUUCUCAUACAGAAUGCGUGGUUAUAUUGAUCAGAUGGAGCUUGUGUCAUUUGCUGCCAAAGGCAUAUUUAUAAAUUAUGAAACGAAGAACUCUACUGGCUGUAGUAGAGAUAUAGGCCCCUUAAAGGCAUGGAAGCAGUUUUUGGAAGCAAAUCUAUUACGGCAGUGGAAUUACGUCCAUCACUGA